CUACCGAUCACUGAUCAGUUCGUUCUGAGAUUAUAAGACGGUAAGGUUCGUUCAUUCGCGAUCGCGCGGCCACGAAACGCAUCGCGUCGUACGAAUAUCGUACGAUAAAAGUGAACACUUUCCAUCUGUUUCCCUCGAUGGCGAGAUAGAAUAAAAGGAUUCCCUUAAAGUCGAAAGCGGCGGUUUUGAAAGCUCGGUGAAAGGCGCUGGAAAUGAAGUAGAACGAGGUAGAAUUUGUAGAAAGUCGGACGUGUACGGAGAGUACGCGAGUGAGCACCAUUCAAGAGAGUGACAGGGGAGGGGGGAACGGAUCAAAGUGCGGGGCGCAGCAGGGCACAGCUGUUCCGUGGAAAGAAAGAGGAGGAAGAGGAGCGAGAGAAGGAUCGCGUCGGAUAUAUACGUCGACGUGACGAACGAACGAACGAACGAACGAACGAACCGAACGAACCGAACGAACGAACCGAACGAACGAACCGAACGAACGGAAGAGCUGGACAUCGUCGCGGUCGUGACUGGGUACUUGACUGGUGGUGUACGGAAGCCGAACAAGCGCGCUAUCGAAGGUACUUGACGCACCUUGACGCACCUUGACGCACCUGUAGCGCAAUAGCGAAGGUCGUACGAGAAAGUGGAGGUCGCGUAACGAGACAUCGCCAUCGCACUUGGCGAACGAGAACCGUUGCGUGCGUGUGGGAACUCUCCAAAACUCUUCCCGCGCGACCGAAUCGAGCGUGUCGACGAGGCGAGAACACACAGCCACACAGGCAGAGCUCGGCCGAGCUAGUAUAAACGGUCUGGUUUUUAGCCGCUCGUUCGUUAGAAUCCCGUUAGUGUCACUCGCGGCCUCGUCGUAUACGCCGUACUCCUUUCUUCUUCCCUUCGUUUCACGAUACCAUCAUCGAUUGGAAAUCAUCGAUUCGAGAUAGGUGUCUAAUAAAAGUUUCGGUAAGAGAAGAGGAGGAUAAGGAAGAGGAGAGUAGUGCCGUUCUCUCGCGAGAGAGACCGAGCGAAAGCCAGGAGGCGACUCUCUGGAUCUUGAAGGCACGACUCGAAAGAAAAAAAAAUGUGGCAUCCCAAAAGCACCCAGAUGGAGGAACGUGUUACAGAGGACGACAAGGAGCAACGGCGGCGAAAGUGUAAUAACGACAACGAUAACGACGGCGAGGACGACGACGAGGACGACGACGACGACGUCGUCGGCGGUUGCAAAUACGAGGACGAAGCGGGCAACGUCGAUUCCGGAUUCCUGUCGGGCGGCAAUCUGCAGUUCAGCGGCGAGAUUAGCGGCGAUUCGGGGUUGCUGCACUCGCAGGAAGAGUGGGAGGAGGGGGAGGGGGUGGAGCAAGAGAGACAGGUCACGGCGACGACAGCGGCAUCAUCAUCAUCGGCAACGUCGGCGGCGAUCGCUAUCGAGGAAUCAAUGAGGGCGAUCGACAGUGGCGUGGACCUCGAUCUCACCGAAACCCUGAGCCAGCUCAGCCUGAAACAGGUCAGCCUGAACCCGCUCGCCGCCAAGGGCAAACUGAUCCAAGCCGAGUCGACUACCCCCGAACUAUUGCCCGUGACGCGGGAUAACAAGGAUGAUGUCAAGUUCGAGCAGCGUCACCUGCUGCAACAGGAGAGCGAUGAAGAACGUACGACGAGCAACGAGGAACCCUGGCAGCUGUACUACACGCAAGACGACGACGGUGACACGCAACUGCACAUCGCAAUCGUGCAGGGCUUCAUGGAGGCUGCGUUUUGUUUAAUAAGGAUGGCCCCUGAUCCGUGCCUAUUGGACAUCAUGAACUACGACUGGCAAUCACCCUUGCAUUUGGCUGUGUUAACGCACCAACCGUUGAUCGUCAGGCGGCUGAUUUUGGCAGGCGCAGAUCUAUCCCUAAGGAAUUUCCAUGGAAACACAGCCCUUCAUCUGGCCUGCAAAAACGGAGAUCUUGCUUGCGCUAAGGCCCUCACGGAUCCAUUAUCCUCGAUGGAGAGGAACAAAGUGAUGCCCGGGCAGAUAAUACCCGCCUUACCUCAGAAUUUGGAGCAACGCAAUUAUAGCGGUGAGAUGUGUCUGCACGUGGCUGCCACCAAUGGAUACGUGGAUCUGGUGCGACUUUUGUUGCGUUUAGGGGCCGAUCUCAAGGCGAAGGAGGGUCUGGCGGGAUACACGGUACUUCAUCUCGCAGUGGAGCAUCAGUAUUGGCCAUUGUUUGAUUUCCUAUUGCUGGAAUGCCAGCGAUCGUCGUGUCUGAAUGACCGAACAUACGGCGGUAGAACAGCCUAUCAAUUGAGCUUGAAUGUCAACACCGAGUUUACCAAGAAGGCACGCAGAGAGCUAAUGCGAUAUGGCGCGAUGCGAGAACCACUACCGGAAGAAUCGGAUUCCGAAAACAGCGAAGACGAAGAAACGACACCAUGGAUGGCGGAUUACUUGCCUGCCAUCGUAAAGACGCAAAAUGCGAUCGGAGUGACAGUCUAAAGUAUUCAUAUUUAAUUUAUCGAUUAAUUUGGGCGUUAGAUAAUUACCAAACAAAAAGAUAGAAAGACAUUGCAUGCAUAUGCACGGAAAAUGUAUUUCGAAUCACAUAACGUACCAAUAACGUCUUUUAAUCUAUCGAAUUGAUAAAAUCGGUGACGUGAGUAAAAUUUGUCAGACGAGAAAAAGAUUAAAAUUAUGUCUCAUUUUUUAUAUGUGUGCUUGAUAAGUAUAUUUUGAGCUUUAAUACGCGUUAUGAAAUUUUUA